AUGAACCCCAGCUGCCACACUCCAAGGAAUCCCCACAUCUCUCGGGAAGGCUGUGCAAGCAGAGCCCGAGCGCAACGUGUUGCACGGAAUUCCUACGUGCUGCUGCCACCAGCGCCGGCCUCGGCGGCGGCAUUCCUAACUGAAAUAGGCAUUCGGCCAUUUUCUCAAAAUACCAAACACAAAGCAGCUCUUUGCAAACUUGGGCCCUCUUGCUUCCUCUCCGCCACCGAGCCGCGGGCGGUGCCUCGGCUCUCGCCCUCGAGCUCUGCCCACCACCCUAGAGGCGCCUCUCAGCCCGGCCGCGGCCCCGCGGCCCCGCAGCCCCCUCCCCCGCCGCCCGCGCUGAGCCCAGGCAGGACCGGGUCGGAAAGUUACCUCGCCGCCGGCGUCCGGCUCGGGCCUGUGCCGGGGCUCGGAGGCGCCCUCCCGAGGCUGCCGGUCCCCGGUCUCACCGAGUGGCCCCACGCGGGCCGCCGCCGCCCCCGCGCCCGGAAGUUUGAGAACUUCGCUCCCCCACCGCGCAGAGCCAGCGCGGGCCGCAGAAAUCGCUGUCCAGCCCGCCGGCGGCGCCGCCCGUGCCCCGGGCUGAGUCAAGCGGGGCGGUCGCCUUCCGGCCCUGGCCCAGCCUUGGGGGAGGGGGCGGCGAGCCUGGGACGUCGACGGGGCCCGGAGCGGUGGGCCCCGGGCGAAGAAGGGGAGGGCGGGCAGAGGGGAAGUUUCAGGACCGCGGUCACCAGCAGCGGCGCUCCGGCCUCCGCCGCCCCGACACCUAGCGCCCCCCCGGCCCAGCCCGUGACUCGCUCCGUAACCCGAUCCCGCCCCCGCCCGCCCGCCGCGCCGCCCGAGCCACAGUAUCUGCAGAUCAGCCCUGGACAGCGCCUCGCGCCGCUCCGCGCCUGCCCGCCGCCCUCCCAAGUCCGCGUCGUCCUACCCGCUCGCCUGCGCGCCCACGGACCGCCGCUCCCGCGUCGCCGCCGCCGUCGCUCCCAACUCCUUUUCUUUGUUGCUGGACUUUCGGGGGAGGGGAGAGAGAGCGGGGAAAAGUUGAGCGCCGAGGCCCGCGAGAUCCGCGGGGCGAUCGCGGAGCGGGAUCAGACCUCCGGCCCUCGCCCUGCCGUCGCAGAGCUCCCCGCUGCCCCGGUCUGGAGCCCGCGGCCUCGGCGGCGCCCGGUCUGCUGUUGCGCCGCGAGCUCGCGGGAGCCGCACAUUCCAGCACAGGACGCUGCGCCGCGCACCCGGCCCGCGCCGCCGCCCGCCCGUCCGUCCGCCCGCCGGACACGCCCCCUCGCCGUCCGCGCGCGCCCGCGGGCACGCCCCCUCCCCGCCCGGGCGCGUGGCCGCUAG